GCGCACACGAGGAAGAUAAUAAUGGCAGCGUCCAGUCUCAAUACGAUACGAGUGCGUUUGUAUUUCGAUUACCCCCCGCCUGGGGUAUCGGAUUGCCGCAUGUGUUGGGUACUUGUUGACCUAAACAAAUGUCGAGUCGUGGCGGAUCUAGCCAGUGUCAUCAAGGAGAAGUUUGAUUUCAGUCGUAGGACGAUUUUGAACUUGUUCAUGGAUGACUGUUUCUUGCCUCCUACGGAGAGCGUUUACGUAGUGCGCGACAAUGACAGCAUCAGGGUGAAGGUGGAAAAUCAGCAACAGGAGAACGGCUUCGCAGUCAACCGGAAAUCCGAGGACCUGUCGCGGAAGGCAAAUAAGAGAGUCCGAGAAGAGGAUGAUGAGAAUGAGGCGGUCAAAAUAAAGAAGAAAAAGAAACCUCAGUUGGAGAGUCAAGAGGUGGACCUCCAACCGGUCAGAGAUGGGGAGAAGAAGAAAAAGAAAAAAAAGAAGUUGAAAGAGAAGAAUCUGUCCGUCAAACCUGCGUCUCCGGUGAAGCGAACCACCCCUGUGAAAGAGGUGGCCGUUUCUAAAUCCGGCGCAGCGAAAUCCGCCAAGAAGCCCGCUGCUCCCACAACCUCUGCGCCGAGCAAGGCGGCCAAGCAGAAAGCGUCGUCCUCAUCGGAUACCAGCGGCAGCAGCGAGGAGCGGCCUCUCACGAAGAAGUCGCAACUCGUUGUUAUGACGAAUUUCUUCAGCAGGCCCCGUGGGGGUGUCCCCGCCGCUGCGAAGGCUGGUGUCACGGCCGCUCCCUCUUCCUCGUCGGGGUCUUCCUCAGACUCCGCUCCCGGUCCCGCUGCGACCAAACUCGUCCCCAAAAAGCCCGCCCCGCCCAAACCCAGCCCCACAAAGCCCGCCCCGCCCAAAAUGGACUUCCAAGCUACACUGGCGAAGGCGUCGCUGUCCAAACCCGCCCCUACGGGGGCGGUCGUGAGGACGGGGGCAAACUCGCGAGGGUUCCGCGGCUCCAGUUCGGACUCGAGUAGCGACAGCGAGCCUGUCCUGGCCAAUAAGAGACCAGGCCUGGGGUGCCAAGUGCCGCCAUUAGCAACGGGGCCCAGUGACAUCCUUCCAGCGGCCGGUGUUACUGGCAGGGGGGGUGGGCGGGGCUGGGGCUGCUCGCCGGGGAGGGGGAUGGGGCGGGGCGAAGGCAGGUUUCCGUGGAGGGGGGGUGGGGGUCCCAGGGGCGGUCAGCGAGGGGGUCCCGGUUUCGGGGGAAGGGGCAUGGGGAACCCGCAGCCCCACAGCGACCAGAACGGACUGCAGCAGCACAGGAGCGACACUCUGACCAACAAGGCCGUCGUUCUGCGGAACCCUCCGCCGCGCGCUCUGGAGCGGGACUACGCCUCCAUGCCCCUGCUCGCCGCCCCGCCACAGGUGGGCCAGAGGAUCGCUUUCAAGCUGCUGGAGCUCACUGAGAACUACACUCCCGAGGUCUCGGACUACAAAGAAGGAAAGAUUAUCGGAAUCGACCUGGUCACCAACCAAGUAGAGCUGGAGCUUCUGUCCUCCGCACCAGCUCCAGCAGAGCCCGGGAAGUUUGACCUGGUGUACCAAAAUGCUGACGGAUCAGAGAUAGUGGAGUAUGCCGUGCCACGUGCUUCACAGCUGAAGGAACGCUGGGACUCGCUUCUGGAGCCGAGACUCAUAGUGGAGAAUGCGUGAGGAUCUGACCAAAGACUGUUGCCCACUCCUACGCCCGCACCCCAAGGGAAGCCGGAAUCUGGACACUGCGCGCAGAUGUGACGAACUUUUUCGCUGGGAAGUGGCUGGACGCAGCCUUUUUAUAAUGAAUGUAUGGGCUUUUAAUGUUUGUACAUGAAUGUUACUGUGAAAUUGUACUUAAUAAACAUUUUUAAUACAAAA